AUGGUGGGCAUGAUGACUGAUGGGAAGACUUGGUAUAAUGUUUCCAAGGUGGCUGCGGUAGUAUUGAAGAAGGUGGUUGGAGUUCAUGACUAUGGUAGAGAACUCAAUUCUCCUGUCAGGAUUAUGUGGCCUGAAGUAUUCAUUUGUGCUUUUGUUCAAGACUGCAGACUGGUUCAAAAUGUUGGAGAGUUUGUUGCCACCGGUCCGGUAGUCUCUUGUUCUGGAUUCAAUAAAGGUUUUAACCGUGGAAAGGUGUCGACUAUUGUAAUCCUUGAAGGGCUGAGACUUACUACAAAUGUUGCUAUGAGAAGAGCUCCUUCGGUAGUGUAUCAAUUUCAGUUGUUUUCUGAUCUUGCUUCUGAGUUCUGUGUGCAUGAAGUUCUUUCUCAUGGAAGGGGAUUGCCCGAGUUUAAAGAACCCAGCAAAGAUGGAGUAGAGGACAUCAACCAUGAAGAAAUUCUUGACCGGGAAUCUGUAAGAUCUUGGGGGUUGUAUGGCAGCAGUAGUUCCAAGCCUCUCAAGGAGGAUUGUGGGACUGUGAUGAUGUUGUUUGCUACUGGUAAUGGUGGGUUGUCAGGUCAGGAGUGUUAUGUGAUUUUCUCGCACGGAAGGGGCAUUGAUCCUGACUUUAGAGAGCCAUAUAAGGAGCUUAUCACUACUGGGGAAGGGAUUAUGGAUUGGUGGUGA